GGUGCGCGCGCGGUGUCUUUGUUUUGUGUGUGUGUGUGCGCGCGUGUGUGUGUGCAUGUGCAUGCUUGUGUGUAUGUGUGUGUGUAUGUAUGUGUCUUUGUUGUGUGUGUGUAAAGAGGCCCAUGUGCAGGAGUGUGAUGUGCGCUGGAGUGUUAAGGCAUGUUAGCGAAGUUAAGAUCCUUCAAGUUGCAAUGCUAAGGUCUGACAUGUAACUUGCUUAACGAAGCAUUACACGCACAAACUCGGCGCCAAAAUAACAAGGAAGCCUGUAUUUGCUUUUCAUUCUGUGCAUGAAUUUGUGAAGAAAGCACAAUGUGGUCAAGAGACGGCAUCUUUAGAACUUGCCUCAGGGGGAUUUACAGUUGCUCCUGGAAGCGUUCUAGAGAAAGCAAACAAAAACAUGUAUGCUGCUGGUUCAGUUUUCUCUUACUGGUGACCAUUCUGAGCCUAGGCUGGAUGUAUAUCUGCUUUGCUGCUUACAAUGACCACGAUGAUGUCAACUGGAAGGCCUUUAGCACCCUCAGUGUUUGGGUGAACUGGUACAUGAUCGUUGUUAUCCUGUCUGCCAUAUCAGCUUCUUAUUGCCUCCUGUUCCUGGUGUUUUCACUGGUCCAUAUUUCCAUAAAAGAACCUUUGGCAUUACAUUGGCUGCAUAAGGUUUUGUUCAUGUUCGGACUGGUUAUAGUUGUGCUUGGCAUAAGUGGAAUGAGCCUCCAUUGGAAAGAAGAAUGGUUCACUAUCUACUUAUCACUGCAGGCCACAGCUCCUUUUCUGCAUUUGGGUGCUGUUGGGGCUUUGACCAUCAUUAGCUGGGUCGUGUUCCAGAGUUACUACAGAGCUCAGAGUUCAGUUUCUAAGGUCUCCAUAAUUGGGGUAUUCAUGGCAGUGUUGGUCAUCAUUUUCCUCAGUCCUCUCUUGAUUUGUAGUCCAUGUCUUAUUGACACACUUCCCCCAAAACCCAGACUUGUGGGCCAUCGUGGUGCACCUGUGCUGGCUCCAGAAAACACUAUCAUGUCAUUCAGUAAAAGUUUGGAGUGCGAUGUGGCAGCCUUUGAGACCGAUGUGCAGCUCAGCAAGGACAAGGUUCCUUUUCUAAUGCAUGACCACGGUGAAAAGUUUCUGCAGAGGACAACUAAUGUCGAUGUUGUGUUCCCAAAUCGAACGUACAGCAGCAGCAGUGACUUCACAUGGAAGGAACUACAGCAGUUAAAUGCUGGUGAAUGGUUUAUCAAGACAAACCCAUUUUGGUCAGUGUCUUCCCUUUCGGAGAAAGACAAGGCGCUUGCUCGUGAACAAAAAAUACCAUCCCUUGAACAACUCCUACAAUUUGCAAAAGAGCACAACACCUCUCUUAUCUUUGACUUAAAGAAUGAAGACAAAGAUGACUGCAGCAUCACGCUUAAGACCAUAUUGGAUUCUGGCAUCUCGCGAAAUUUGAUAUGGUGGCUCCCUUCAAAUUGUAGACGUCUUGAGAACUUUACGAAAAAUGCUUCAGGUUUCCGGCAGGUCUACAGCAAUGAAUCUAUAAUGAAACUCGAAGAUGGGCAGUUUCUUAAUGUGAAAUACAAUGCACUAAGAACUGAAGGGUUUAGCUUAUUGAAAAGAAACAUGACGGUCAACAUGUGGGUGGUAAACCAACGCUGGCUUUUCUCAUUACUGUGGUGUGCUGGGGCCAGUUCAGUGACCACCAACAUGUGCCAUCCCUUCAAAGACAUGUCUCAGCCUGACUGGCAUCUGGCUCCUUAUGUGUACAACAUUAUCUGGAUCUCUACUGAGGUGGUGUCAUUGCUGGUGAUUUUAACCCUGUUUUUUGUGCAAGGGAAAGCAAGGAACCAGAUAUUUGUCCUGGAAUCAGAAAGAACUGUCCCUCUUCUUAACCUCUGAGCAGUUCACUGAAGAAAGAAUUAAUACGGUACCAUUAUAAAAAAAAAAAAAAGAGUGGUUUAAAUAAUAGAGUCUAAUGUCACUAAUACGUGGCCCAUGUAAAAAUGAUUACAAAAGAAAUUAUUUCACUUAAAACAUUGUUUUGCUUAAUUCAGAAUAAGUCAUGAUUCUUUCACUUUAAUAGGAACACCUGUACACCUGUUUAUUUGUGUAGUUAUCCUUUGAGACAACUAUGUGACCGCUGCAGAGUUCAUAAAAUCAUGUAGAGGCAGGUCAGGAGAUUCAGUUAAUGUUCAUAUCAAACAUCAGAAUGAAUACAAAUUGUGAUUUCUGUGAUAUGGCAUGGUAGGUAAUUAACAAGUAUGUAAAUAAAGAAAAGAAAGAAAGAAAUUAAAGAAACCACGAUGCAGUUACACAAUGCAGAAAUUAGCUCCAGGCAUAUGUCAACUGUUAGAACUGUGGCAGAGCUGAAUAGUCAAGCUCUGCCUUGUGAAAUAUACCCAAGAAGUGGUAGCUCAGUAGUUAAGGUGUUAGAGUCCCAGAACCACCAAGCUGCCACUCCUGGGCCCUUGAGCAAGGCCCUUAACCCUCAAUUGCUGAUGUCUGACUCAUGCCGUAAAUGUGUUUAUAUAUACACACUGUGUGUGUGUGUGUGUGUGUGUGUACUAAUGGAAAUUAUAUGCAUACCAUUUUUUCUCUGCACAUGCCAAAAGUAUUUUACCUAAAUUCUAGGAUGAUGUAACUGUGAUAUGAGUUUUUACUAUGAGAGUGUACCGUACAAUACAGUAGUCCAUACAAUGUUUUAGAACUGGUUUAAUGAGAUGCCUCAUGAUUUCAAACCUCUGAGCCUGCUUAUGUUUUGUUUUAAAGUCCAGUCUAAACUGCUAAAUUGUAUGUUUAAAUGUUUCCACUGAUAUAAUUAUGUCUGAGUAUGUUUUGUUGGGUAUAUUUUUGCAAAUGAAUCUGAUUUGUAGUGCAUUUCAGAUACCACUGGGUUAAAGAAUUUAAGUGACUUAAGGUGGAUUUAAUUGUUUUUGUAUUUUUACUAGUCCUAAACGUGUUAUCCGAAUCCAAAACUUCUAAAAAUGUAACCAAGAACAGCAUUAAAUGUAUAAUAUAUCUUUGGGAUUGCUGUCCAUCACACUAACUGACUUUAGGUGUUUCUGCGUGCUUAUUUUUUUAAAAUGAAUUGCUCAAUUAAACAAUGACCGUGUUCAGGAGAAGGACCACUUAACAGCUUUUGAUCUGUGCAUAGAAACAUAAUUGCUGCAUAAUAGUUGAGAGAGAACAUUUGGGAAAGGUUUUGUGAAAAACAUCUGAACUUUUUAAGCUUCUGUAAUGGGUUACAACAUCACAGACUUGCAUCUCAGAAUAAUAUGAGAAAUAAUAUCAUUUUUAUUACAUUUUGUAUAUUGAUUACAUAUUGUGAUAAACAUUUUUGAAACAUUGUUUACUGAAACAGAACUUGUAAACCACUUUUAUUUUGAUCUCUAAUGUUUACAUGAGAAGACGUAUUUUAUACUAUAUUAUAU